AUGGACUCCGAGCUUCCCAUACUUGGUGUCCAGCUGGCGGCACCGGCGAACAUCUCCGUCGCAUGUGCAUACCUACCAUGCGGACGCCUGCCAAACCUGCACGAUCAACUCAGCGAAGCCAUAGCUAAACUACCGGAACCGCGCAUCCUGGUUGGGGAUCUGAACGGGCACCACCCAAGCUGGGGCUGCCCCCGCUCCGACCCUCGAGGUGUUACCCUGGUCGAUAUUUUCGAGAAGGAAGACAUGGUGAUUCUGAAUGACAGUGUGCCCACGUACUUUAACGGGCGGCAUACUUCUGCCAUCGACGUCUCUGCUGUCAGCCGCUGCUUUACCGGAAAAACUCAGUGGAGCGCGAACACUGAUCUCUAUGGUAGUGACCACUACCCCAUCAAAGUUCAAAUUUCGACCGCCAUCUUCCCGAUGACAACACGGAGGCCCCGAUGGCGCUAUGAACAAGCGGACUGGGAUAGCUAUGGUGAAGCCUUUCAGUCCUUGUUACUACAGCGUAAUCCGAACAGUAUUGAAGACUUUUCAGAAGUGGUAUACGAAGCAGCAACAGCAACCAUCCCAAAAACCAGCAGCGUUCCGGGGCGAAAAGCGCUACGCUGGUGGAAUGAAGAUACGAGGAAAGCCGUUAAAGCCCGGUGUAAAGCACUUCGCCGUGUAAAGCGCCUUCCUAUCGGACAUCCCGAUCGCCAGGACGCUCUCCGUCACUACCAUGAGUCGCACAAUCAAUGCCGGCAAGGAAUCCGUGUCGCCAAACGAACAAGCUGGAUGGACUUUCUGGAAGGAAUGAAUUCGUCACAGUCUUCGGCUGACUUAUGGAGGCAAGUCAACGCCCUCAGUGGGAAACGGCGCAUGACACCGCUCCACGUACAGAUUAACGGUGAAGCUGUUUCUGACCCUGCAAUUGUAGCGGACGAACUCGGCUCGUACUUUGCCAAUCUCGCAGCCAUCGAGAAGUACGAAGACGAAUUCAAGCGGAAAGCUAAGCCUUCGACGUCAUCCAUUGCAAGUUUUUCUGUUUCUUCUGACGCUGGAAACUCGGACAUCAACCAGGCAUUCUCCUGGCAGGAAUUGAAGCAUGCCCUCCGCUGCAGCAACGGAAAGUCGGCGGGUCCCGACGAAAUCGGGUACCCUCUACUCAAGAGGUUACCAACGCCAGGCCAGCUACGGAUGCUGGAGCUUUUCAACAAGCUCUGGCUCACCAACUCGUAUCCAGCCUCGUGGAAAGAGAGCUUAGUCAUCCCCAUCCCAAAAGCCAAUGAAACAACCCGUGAAGCUAGCAAGUUCCAGCCAAUAGCCUUGACAUGCUGUAUGGCCAAUGUCCUGGAGCGAAUAGUCAACAGGAGGCUAAAGCAUUUCCUUGAAGCCGAAAACCUUCUAGACCAUCGACAGCACGCCUUCCGUCAAGGAAGCUAA